GUUCGUUUUAAUUUAGAUCCAGCUGUGACUAGGCAGAUUUGUGCUACAUACGUUUGGAAAUGAGGAGAAUGUUCAUCUAUUCCUUGGUCGUUUCUGGAUUGGUGACGAUUGUCGAGCAGGGGUGUUAUAAUGUGGAAGUUAGCAGCGGUGCCUAUUGGAUCGACCCGAAGCACUGCUCUAUUCAGUUCAAAUACUACAAUGAGACCUUCGUUUUACUGAACAUUGACAUCUACACACUUGUCAAAACCCCAACUUUCAUCCUGGAAGUUUUCACCUGGGCACCAGAUGAGGGCAUCCGUGUAUAUUUCAAUGGAAGUUACCGGAUGUGUGAUUUUCGCCGCUUCGCAACUAUGGGUCCUUUCGGGGCAACUUCUUAUACGCUGCUGAAAAAAUUUUCGAACUUUACAUUCACAUGUCCGCUACAACCGAGCAUGUACUAUGCGAGAGUGGAAACUAAUUUUAUAAGUCGAGUUACUCCUAUCCGACUGUUUUAUCGGCCUAACAGGAUUGCAACUAUUCAAGUGACGGCUGGCGAACAGGAUCCACCUGGGAACUUCACAAAACGAGGAUUUUUUUCCGUGGUCCUCAAUUUCAAGAAAACCUGUUGAACUCGAA